AUGGCUUCCUAUCUAUCUGUUCUUGUUGUUCUGACCACCCUCAAUGUGCUGUUUGCAUCGGAUAGUAAGUUAAACAGAAAAAGGGUUACAUCUACAUCAGAUUCGGGUGUUUGUUUCUAUGGAGUAACAGCAGAACGGGUUCUAAAUAUCUUGGCAUAUAGAGAUGAAAAAUUAUUUUUGCCUCCAGUACGUAAACCAAAGGACUGCUCAGACGUGGACCCUAAACAUCAUACCAGUGGAGUGUAUAGAAUAUAUCCAUAUGCCGGAAGGGGACUUAAAGUUUAUUGUGAUAUGACGACUGACGGUGGGCGUUGGACAGUUCUUAUCAGGCGAAUGGAUGGUUCUGAAAAUUUCAAUAAAAAUUGGAUAGGAUAUGAACAUGGUUUUGGAGACUUAAAUCGGGAAUUCUGGCUAGGAAACAAAUACCUGAAUUUACUGACUUCAAUUGGGAAAACUGAAAUGAGGGUUGACAUGCAAAAUUUUAAAAGUGACAAGAGGUAUGCCAAAUACUCAUCAUUCAAGGUUGGAGAUGCUGGAUGUAAAUAUAAGCUAACAGUCGAUGGAUUUUCCGGAAAUGCUGGCAAUGCUUUUGCAUAUCACAAUGGAAUGAAGUUCUCAACACCAGACCAAGACAAUGAUAAUUCGAGUGGAAAUUGUGCAAACGGCGGUAAUAGAGUUGGUGGCGGUUGGUGGUACAACUCAUGCGAUACUGUCUGCUUCACAUUUUCAUAUGCCAACAAUAAUAAAGGUCUGACUGGGGAAGCUUUAAUACAAUGGGAUACAUGGUCAAGUUCUGCGUAUUCCUUGAAGUAUGCGUCAAUGAUGAUAAGAAGAGUUUAAUGUAUUGA